UUCCUUUGCACAUAAGUAAUGCUACAUUUAUUUAGCUUGCUUUGCAUAGAAGUUUAGCAAUAAUUUCAUUACUGUUAGGUUGAAGAAUCAUUUCUCUGUGUACCUAAAGCUUGUUUGUGGGAGGCCAUGGCUAGCCAGAUGAGGUGGGAAGGGCUGACAUUUGCCAGUCGAGUCUUUGUUUUCUUUGAUCUUGAAUGAAAGAAGCUUAGCAUUGGGCUCUUCUACUUGGAUGAUUUCAUCUCUGAUUGACUUGGCAGGGUUUUCUGAACCAUCUUGUUGUUCACUCUAGGAUCUUCUGAAUGUUGAAUUAAAAUAAAGCAGAACUGGGGAUCCUUUUUUGGCCCAAAGGCGGCAAUCAUUUAAACCCCUCCAGGGUCAUGCCAGGGAGCCGUACGGAUGGAACUUCUCCACUUGCAUGCCUGAAUGCUAUGCUGCACACCAACUCCCGUGGAGAUGAAGGAAUAUUCUAUAAGGUUCCUGGAAGAAUGGGGGUCUAUACACUGAAAAAAGAUGUUCCUGAUGGGCUGAAGGACUUGUCUGAAGGCUCAGAAGAAAGCAGUGAUAUACAAUCAGAUUCCCCCACCUCAGAGAGCAGCAGUAGCACUAGCAGUGACCAGAGUAGCAACAAGGAAGGAAGAAAAUGCAGGUGGCAAAGGAAAGUAUCAGCCAGACUUUCACAAGUGUCCUCCCCACAGCCAGGCUGCCCAUCUCCUUCUAUCCCACCAGGUAAAAUCAUCUCUUCAUCUCAGAAGCACAGCAAAAAGGCACUUAAACAAGCCUUGAAGCAAAAGCAAAGGAAGCAGCAUCAUUGCCGAACCAGUGUGCCUGUAUCAACUAAUCACCACCUCCUACAGCAGCAUGUGAAGAUUGCUAACCAUCCUGCAAAAGCCGCUUGGGAAGGAAAACAAUCAGAUGGACAUUCAAGUAGCCCACAGAAUUCUACUUCUAGUUCUUCUCCCUCUGUUAAAACUGAGCCUUCCUUGCCAAUCCUUGGGAAGAAACCAUUCCAGAGAUCUGAGAGGCUCCAUGCAAGGCAGCUGAAGAGGACAAAAUGUGCUGAAAUUGAUGUAGAAACCCCAGAAUCCAUCUUGGUCAACACCAAUCUGCGAGCUCUAAUCAACAAGCAUACAUUCAUGGGACUACCAAUCGAAUGUCAGCAGAAGCUGCUCCUGCUCCUGCCAGAGGUGGACAGGCAGAUUGGAAUGGAUGGCUUGAUGAAGCUUAGCAGUUCUGCCCUCAACAACGAAUUCUUUAAUUCUGCUGCGCAAGGAUGGAAGGAGCGACUGUCGGAAGGGGAGUUCACUCCAGAGAUGCAGCUAAGACUACGGCAGGAAUUAGAAAAGGAGAAGAAAGUGGAACUUUGGAAAGAGCACUUCUUUGAGAGCUAUUAUGGUCAGAGUUCUGGGUUAAGCCUUGAAGAGUCCAAAGAACUGACAGCUUGUAUUCCUACUGUUCAGAAUCAAGCACAGACUGGGAAUCUAGCACCUCCGUUACAGAAAUGCAUAGUAGUCCAUAAAGCAGUACCUGACAAAGAACAGACCAAUUCUCUGGUGGGUCCAAAGGUACAGAUUCUCCCAGCUGUAACAGCAGCCGCUAAAGGAGAAGAGAUUGAGCAGCCCAAGGUCUUUAAGCCAGAAGAGCUUGUAAAUUCUUCUGGCAACAGUGCCUCCUUCCAGAAUAGCAGCCAGAUUCCUCAGAAGAUUUCCAAGAGAGUUGAGGAGCUAGAAGAGGUGACACCACAGCCUGCUUGCCUGGAGUCUGUGGUGAGACAAAAUCCAAGCAAACCAAAGAAUACAGCCAUAGCUGGCACUAAACUAAGCCCAGAAGUAGAAUCUCAGAAGAUUUCCACAAAGGAGGCUCCUGCAACUUGCACAGAACACAUGGACACUGGAAGCAGGGCUUUCAAGAGAAAAUCAGAGAUUCCUGAAGAGGCACUGAUGACACCUGAAAAACAGCUCCAUGUGACGGAAAAGUGCCCCACCAGGCCGCCUUUUCAGGCCCCACAGCAGUGCUUUCCCAUCGCGCCUACACCAAAAGUCCCUCCGCUCAGGAUCCACGUCUCCAGAAUCCAAGGAUCUCCAGCAUUACUGUCUGCUAGCCAGGUCUCUCCCAGGCCCCCCUUCCCAAUCAUCAGGAGAACAGGGGCCAGGACUUUGGCCGACGUCAAAGCCAGGGCUAGAAUGGCCAGGGCCCAGCGAGCAGCUGCUGCCGCCGAAGCAGCCGCAGCAGCCUCCAUUGCUGCUACUUCUGCCUCCAUUGUGGAAGCCAUCCCAGGCCCAGGGCCAGGAGGAGGGAAAGGAGAAGACAAGAGCAGUCCACUCUCAGGGAGGCCUCAUGGAGCUACAUUGGACAUGGCAGGCUCUGGAAGCAGGACGAGCCCAAAAAGGUUUUUCCCCUCUUGCCCAGCCCCUUUCUCCCCAACAGACUCCCCAGCUCCAGAACCAGCAGCUACAAGCACUGCUGCUAGAGCACAACUACAGUCGGCUCCCCCAGCACAAUCCAGAACUUCAAGCGGCAACCCAGAGGUGGAGAGGGCGUCGAUCUCGCAAGCAGCAAUAGGGAAUGUCAAAUGUACAAAUCCCAGCCUUUUGACUGUGCCUGCCACUCAGGAUGUCACAGCUUCUUUGGGCUCAACAGCUGAUCUUGCUUCCAUGAUGGAGAAACUAAGAAAUAACCCUCUUGCUCUGAACCAGGUUACAAGAACAUCCUACGGCUUUGAGCCUGGAGUGAACUGCAAAAGUAUAUCGAAAACAGCUUCUACCGCCAGCACAGGUGUUCCAGAAGACAAAGCCAGGGCCUUGCUUUCUGUAUCUCCUGUGUUGGCUGGACCCUUCAAGGCACCCCCUCCCCUUUCUUCUCCACGUGGCCCUCUGCCCAAGUCUACUUUAUCUUCUCCUUCCCAUAAUACUUUGUUGGUAGCCCAUAGCCCUAAAGUUCCCCCAAGCUCCUCAGGUUCAAGUGGAAGUACCUCUGCAGGAAAAGCCAGCUCCAGUAUACCUGCUAAUAAUCCUCUGGUGACUCGGCUGCUGCAAGGUAAAGAAGUCCCAAUGGAGCAGAUCCUCCCAAGGCCUCUGACAAGAGUUGAGAUUAAGUCUGUUGCACUGCCUGGGAAGGAAGGCAAAGGAACCACAAUGGUUUCCAGGCCUGGCCCUCCAAGGGAAGGGGAAGGACAGCUGCACAUCACUUUCCCAGCAGGUGGGAAGCCAAGCCUUAGUCGCUGUGGACAAUCCCAAGAUCCCCCACCCUUAUCGUCUUUAUCAGGGCAGGAUUUGUGGAGCAAACCUACAGACCUCCACAGUAGCCAGGAAACUUCAGGCAAGCGUGCCCAAGAACAUAUUCUCCAGACUGUCAAGCAGAAAGUCCCUGUGCAGAGCCUCCCUGCUGCUCCUUCUCCCCCUCCACGUCUUCCCCUCCUCCCCCCGCAUUUCCCAGUAGAGAGCAGCUCCACCAGCCAAAGUUUCACACUGGGAUUCAUAGGGAGAAGGACAUUCAAGCCUGCCAUGUCUGGCCAUUACCUCCUGAAUGUUUCUACCUAUGGACGCUGUCCAGAGAACCUAAGAAGAAACCUUGCCCAGCCUCCAGAGAGCCACCUAUGCUCAGAUGAGCCCCCAAAGAAAUUAGAGGAACAGAAGCAUACAUCUAGAGAUGACAGUAACAUUAGCGGUGGUGAAGAUGAAGGGGACACAGAUGGCAAUGUGACUGAACAUGCAACAGCACAUCUCAAGGUUAAAGAGGAAUCUCUGGCUCCAGGAAGAGGAGGAGGAAGGCAGGCAGCUUCAAAGAUAAAACUGGAGCAGGCAGCAAUAAGCCACAAGGAUGGAAACAUUUGCUUAUUCCCAGCAGGUCAAGACUAUGCUGAAAGCAACUCAGCAAAAGAUUUUAUUCAGGCUGCCCAAGUGGCUCAGACAACUAGAGGAGAAAGGAGAUCUGGCAGUGGGGAACUUCAGACUUGUGCUCCAGCAAAUGUUACCCUACAGCGGCCUCUGCUGCUCUCACCCCCACCCUCUCAGCUCUUUCGAAAUCCUACUCCUGCGCAACUUAUUGGACCAGGCUACAGUGGCACGAUUAAUGUUUCCACUUCUCCAAACAUGCAUCAGGAUACUCUCCUCACUGGACUGUCAGACCCCAGCCGCAUGGGGGAUGUAGUGUCCUUCUCUGUAACUGUAACAGCUAUCCCUGCUAACCACCCAGUGAAUACUGGUAGCCAUGGACAAUCUCUCCGUGGCCAGGCUUUUGCAGAAGAUGUUGGCUUGGAGGACUUGCCCUCAAAGUGCUACUGUCGCUUGAAAGCCAUGAUUGUGUGCAAGGGCUGUGGGGCCUUCUGCCAUGAUGACUGUAUUGGCCCCUCCAAGCUCUGCGUUUCCUGUCUCGUCGUGCGGUAGCAGGUUUUUGUAGAUGGCAUCUCAUCUAGGGAGCAGGAAGGGCAUGCUGCUGAGUCAAGAGUCCUUGUCCUUAUCCCACACCACAUCUACUUGGUUUCCUUGAGAAUAAAGAAAGCACCUUGGAUGAAUGGCUGAACCCAGUGGGACAAGUGUGUGCACUUAAGGAAUCAUGUAAAUAUGUUGCAUUGUUUUGUCUUAAAGAUUAUUUUUUUCCAACCUUGAGAUAAAUCUGUGGAUGUGAACCUGAUGCUCAUUUUGCCUCUUGUCCUGUAGUAGCAGAAUUCUGGCCCACUAAGUCCCUCUUCACCUUCAGUGCCCCUGUUUCCCAUAGGGCCUGAUUUGCCUCCACCUUGCUACCAUCGUGGCCUCCAUGUUUUUCUUUGAAUGGACUUGCCAAAUGUCCUAGUGAAACACAGUGGUUGAGACUAUUACAUCAGCAGCCCUAAGCAACAGGAGCAUACAAAAGGUGGGCAGAUAGCCUACCGCCCAGUUGAAUUUUAUUGCGUUGCUGUUUACAGUAAUCAAUUCUUUACUAUAUAAAAUCACCUUGAGGAAAGGCAGAGGCAGCGUACUGCAGAUCAUCAGAAUUUGCAGGGCAGAAUGGGGAUUGGUGGGGAGUAUCAGUUUAUAGCUCUGAAUUAACCAAUGGCAGCAAAGAUGAUUUCUAUUUUCUUAUAUGAAUGGGUAUGCUUUGAAUUUCAAUCAAGAUACAGCAGCACAAACUCCUUUGGUCCCAGAGUCUAGAUUCCCAUUUUUCAAGAAGAAAAAUGUCUCGGUGAGGUAAAUGCUGUAGAAUAGAGUGGAAGAAACGUUUCAGGUUUUUUAACAUCAAGCCAUAAUUUUGGGUCAGCUUGUCAGCUUCUGGAAUCAGCUCUGACUCAAAUAAUUGAAGAUUUCAAGCUGAAAAAGAUAGUGGGGCCUUGUUAUUCCCUUGUGUAUAUUCUUCAAAUGCACACUAAAGGUGUUGAGCAUUAUAUUUAGAAACAGAAUUGAUCCUGCUCAGAAUCACCUUAUUUAAAAGAAAAUGGAGUUUCUGGACAUGGAUUUCACUUAUAGAAAGAAGGGCAUUUCUUUGGAACUAAUUUGUAAGACGUCAUGUCAAUGAUGGAUGGAACUUAAGCUUUUAGGAAGGAACCUGAGGCAUACAAAAUUUGUUCUACUCUUUCUGACACUUUUUUUUUUUUUGCCCUCUCCUUGCUCUCCCCUACCCCUAUUCAUUUCUAUUGCCAGAGACUCAAAUUAAUUGCUUAUAAAGAGCUUUUAAGAUUAGGCAGUAAUCAGGUUCCAUACUCUUGAUUUGUAGAAUGUACAAAGCUGCCUUUUGCUCUUUAUUGGCCUUGUCAGGGUUGUGCCAAGAUAGCUCUCAAAGCAUGGCAGAAUUUCCAGUGUCUCCUUCACUCUUGAGACUACUAGGAAAGGAUUAAAUUAUGGAAAGUUUGAUUAAAUCAGCAUAAUUUAUUCCAGCUCCAGAUUCUACUUUUUGUGAGGCUGAUUUACACUGAGUUAGAGAUAUUUAGAGCCUCUGCAGCUCUGUUCUAGAUUUUCGCUGUAGUUUGGUAGCAUAUAACUACAGAAUUGUACUUGGCCAUUUGGGCUCCAGUCCCCAGUUAAUGUGCAGGUUUUUAAAUGAAAUACCAGCCAUUGAGUAAUAGGAAAAGCUGUCAAGUCAGAGAUAAAUGAAGAGAAGAACAAGCUUUAGAAGGGUUAACUUUCAUAGAAUAUUUUCCUUUUGGUAGAUAAGAGUAGGAAAAGAUAGUUUAGCCUCUCCAUGCAAGUUGAACUAUAUCAUUUCCAGUUUCCAUCCUUCAUUCUAGAUAAAAGCCAAUACUGAUGUUUAUGGACUGAGACGGUUUCACCACUAACCUUUUGAAAAAUGUGUUAAGGCGCCAGACUAGAAAUCAGGAAAGCAGUGCUAGUCCCACCUUAGACAUGAAAGCCACAGAGUGGCCCUGAGUCAGUCAUACAGACUUGGCCCAAUUCAUCUCAGAGGGUUAUUGUGGGGAAAAUAGGAGGAGGGAGUUUUAGAUACGUUUCCUGGCUUGAGUUAUUUACAGAAAUAAUAAAGGUGGGAUGAAAAAAAAAGAGAGAGAGAAUUGCUUGGAAGAAAACCAAGGACUCCAUUAUCCAUUUCAGCAAGCAUUGCCCAUUUCUACUACUCAUCAUGGAAAUACCACAUUACAAUGACUGCUAUAGGAAUUAGAUCACUUUUUCUCAUGAUUUUAUGUCGUGAUCUGGCCUUCUGUUUUUAAUAAUGGUCUGCCAGAUGUUUCCCAGCAGCCUAUUGACAGAGUAUAGAAAUCACUUGUCUUUCAAGUUGCACGUGCCCCCAUAACAGCAAAUCUUGAGUAGGCCUAUUCUCUUCCCUGAAUUUGUAUUAUACCUUGAAGAAGGUAUCAAAGGCAGUAUCACAUUUUGUAUUGGUCAGUCCUGUAAAUUAGCCAUUUAUUUUUUUUGCAUGUUCUACAUCUACAGUAUUUAUACAGCAGUAUCAGUGUGUAUUGUUCUUUUACACAUAGGUAAGAACACAUCAGUGUGUCUUGUACUUUACAUAGGUAAAAGAGUGGUCAACAUACAGGAAACAGAAUUUUUAAUCAAGUCAAUAAGAACCAGAAAGAGAACAAAAUUUAGGUAAAUUCAAUUCCACCAGACACAUCUUUAUAUUAAAUAUUAAAGUAAAUAAGUUAGAUUGCAUGAAUUUCUAGUUCUUAUACUUUACCCCUUUUAUUCAUGCAAUUCAUAAAUGUAUAACUGGUAUCAGAAUCCCCUCAUUUUUUAGCUGCUGCUGCUUCUAAGCAAACAAUCCAUGUUUUUAAGAUUUCACUGGCAAGAGGAAAACUGUAGCCUUUUUGGUACUUUGACUGUCAUUGGCAUCUUUUUCUGGCACCCGAAACAUCCAGAUGAGGGCACACUAAAUUAUCAUGGACCUACCCUCCAUUUCAGAUCUUUUCCUAAUAUUUAAUUAGCUUCUCUUCAUAAUUGAUGUAUAGUUUUUGCAUUUUCGUUAAGCUAUCAGGAUGACUUAGGAUAAUAUUUUCACUUAGAUCUUAUUUUAUCAGAUUCUGUAACUCUGUUACAAAAGGGUAUUUUUAAUAAUUAUUUUUGCUUUAUGCCCCCUAGCCAUUUUUUAGCUCAUUACAGCUACAUUUUUUUCUCUCCUGAAUUUUUGGUAUUACCUAAAAACUCAAGCAAUUAACUCUUCAGCCAAAACUAAUCAGGGAAACAAAUGCAGAUUAUAUAAGGACAUAUUAAAAAGUGCAAACUCUGGGGAAUUCCUUUGUUCACAUUCCUCAAAUUUGUUUAUACUUACUGUCUGCUUCCUGUUCUUUUACCGAAUAUUAAUCUACUAACAAGAUUUUACUUGUGAUUAUUGACUUUUUCAGCCCUUCAUUUUUAUAUCAGAAGAUCUCUGCUACCCAAAUGCUAAUGCUUUUCAAUACUCCAAAUAUUAGUAAAAUGAACUUUCCACUUCAGAAACCAUGCUUAUUCUUCCUUAGCAAUUUUUUAUUAGUGUAUGUAGUAGUGCAAGCUUUCAUAAUUAACUGAAGGAAAUGUUAGGCAAACAUGUUUAUUUUAUUUUUCGGUCUUUUUUUUUAAUGCAAUGAUGUUACUUUGGCUACCUUUUCAUAUUCGAGUAAGGAGACUAAGUUCAAUAAUUAUUCGCUGUGUCACUAAAAUUUUAUUGUGAUGGAUCAGCGGAAUAAUAGCCUCUGCCUUCCAAUCCCAAUAGCAUCCAAUCCCUUCUGACUUCAAUUUCUGUUGAAGCCUUGACUUCACUGCAACUGAAUUAUUCAUUCCAUCUUCAUUCUAUCUUUCAAGUAAUGAAUAUUCAUUUUCUAUGAUUGUCCUCUUAGCAACAUCUCAAAUUUACACAUUAAAAUAACAUUAAAGGGGGAAUUCUAUAACUAAUGGAUUUACUGGUUCUCAUUGAAUUUUACAGAACACAAGUGAGGAGUCAAAACAUGAUUCUUUUCUCAUAUAUUAAAAUAAUUAAUAGCAGAUUUGUCCCCUCCCUUUCACAAUGGUGCCUCAGAAUUAUUUCCUCUUUCUCUUAGGGGAAUUAUGAUUAUAGUAAUAUUCAUGUGCCUGAAUUCUCCAGAAUCCUUCAGCAGGGACAUUUUACCAUAAAACAUGCAGAAGCACAUUUCAUACUUGCAGCCAUAGAUUCCUGCAUCGUAGUUAAUUUAUUUUUAAAUUAUUAAUAAAAUUUAUAUAUCAUGCUAAAAACUUUGAAAUGUUUUCCAAAAAAAUCUGAUAUAAAAGUUACUUUCUAGAGUACACUGUCAUAACAAUGAUGAUCCUUUACUAAGCAGAAAGAACAUCAAUGGCCCAAUUAAAAAGGAAGGUCUUGGGAGAUUCCCUAAACACCAAGAAUGAGAAAGCCAAGCGUAUCUCCAAGGGUAGCUCAUUCAACAGGAUGGGGCCUGCCUUCUGACCCAUACCUAUCUGUCUUUAUAUGGGUUGCAAUCUUGAGGAGCUCUUGAUCUGGUGAACAAAGAAAAAUAUUUUGGAUAAGGAGAUCCCUGAGACAGCCCAUUGAUCCACUGGAUUAAGAGCCUCUUACUAAUAACAAAUUACAAACAUGGGGCUGAUUAGAAGAUCGGUAGAAAAUUUGUAAAAGGUCAGAUUAGCAGUUAAGCAUAAUUGCAUAUAAGGCUGUAUAAAAAGCUAACAACGUUUUUCUAGGCUCCAAAGUUCUGAAGGAGUACUAUAAUUUUUGUCCAAUGGUUUCCCAUAGUUAAAUCCACAUAACUGCAAUGUAAAAGGGUUUUAAAGCAUAUUCCAUAUGCUUUAUCAUAUGUCUAAUGAUUGUUUAGCAGAAAGGAGCAUGGAAAAGCAGAUUGUAUAACCACCUUCCCCUUAGUUUAGCAGAGCUUCAUCAAUAGAAUAUAGCAAUGUUGACAAAAAUUUAAACUGAUACAGCCACCUCACUCAAGCUAAGCAAUAUUCAUCUGAUGGGAGGAGAAAAUCUUCCCUUUUGGCUAACAUAAGAGUUAAAGUAUUGCUGCAUCUACUUUUACUUUUCAUCCGUGCAGUUGUUAGUGCAAGAUGGAUCUACCUAUCUGAUAUAAAAUAAGCCAGUCUGAGGGGGUUUUUUGGGCUCAACUCAUAACAUGACAUGACAUAACAUAAUUGUUAAAUUUCUCUUAGCUGAAACACCAUGUAUGUUUGGUUGCAUCCUUAUGAGUGCACCGAUGGGGUCUGAGAUCCAAAAGCCCCAGGUGUUCAACAAUUAAAUGGGACGUUUAUAUCCUUGACCUUGUUGGUAGGGGAUAAUUGGUCAUAUUUUUGGAGAUGCUAGAUUGGGUAAAUCUGGAAAGUUCUGCAUAAUCCUUUCUAAAGUGAACAGCAACGUCAGUGAGUAGAAUUUUCUGGGCUAUAUCUGACAUCUAUAGCAGCAUCUGACAUUUUCUUUUUGUGAAAGGCCAUUUCCUUCCUUUUCCCUUUCUGAUAUUUGUGAUGAUGAUUCUGGAAUAUUGGUAAGUAUUUUCUUAAGUAGAACUACAGAAGAAUUUAUACAUGACUACUCAUGUGGAAGUUCAAGUAGAAAGCAGUUUGGAGCACUUUCUGUCAACAGAAAGCUCAUGCAAAGCAAAUUUGCACUGAACUGUGCUUUUUUGAAAGGGUGCUUGGGUGAAGUGCAAGGAAUAUGUACAACACUUCUAACAGCUGAAAGGAUGGAACUCGGCUGUAAACCCUACUAAUACACGCAAGGUUAAAAUAGAAGGUGGGAACAUCCUUGAUUUUGAAAGAAGUUGAGGUGCAAUUUCUGAGUGGGUGAUUAUAAGCUUAGCAGGCCAUGCUCUUUGGCUGGCCCAUUAAAUUGCACUACAGGUGGCUGUUGACUAUGUUACUGGUUCUUUUAUCUCAUCCUCAGAUUAUAAAUCCUAGGACACGGAGACAUCUUUUUUUUUUAUUGAAUUAAGAUGAUUUAAUGAUGCAACUCAUGCUGGAAUUGUGGGAGUGAAUCAGCUGUCACUCAACAUACAGUCACCCCAAAUUAAUACUCUGGCAAACAUUGAGGUGUACAGCUUCAUUUCAGAAAGGAAAGCCCAUGUGCCUGUGUAACACAACAUAUAUUAUUCACCUCUAUCUUCUGAUGUCAGGUACUGCAGUUUUUUAGAAGCCAUUAAAAAUGCCCAGGCAGUUUGCAUUUUCUGUCAGUUGUAUUUUGGGGUACAAACCACAGGACCAUUCUUCAUAGUCUAUUAGUAGGCCAUUUUGCUUGCUUGCAGUAUUACUUUUAACAGGCCAAUGACGUGUGUUUAUUUUGAGCCUGGUGAAGCUGAAAUCUUUUGUAAGAAAGUAAAGAAUGAAAUUGAAGCAUUUAGUCUGUCUUAACUGUACUGUGGUUUCAGUGCUUUUUCACCAAUGUGAAAAAUAGAAGGUAGGACAGUAUUUUCUGCAGUGAAGGCAAGCUCCAUUACUGUGCAAAUUUUUGGUACCCAAAUUUCAUAGCCCAUGCUGAUCCCACCUUUGAGGCAUGGUACCAGGGAAGGGUAAGAUUGGCAACAAAUGAGUUGCAGGAGACGUGGCCAUGAAGUACCUUCAUCUCUGUCAAGGUUCAUUUUUAGAAACUGGUGUUUAAGCUAAAGUGAUGUACGUGUGUUUCUCUGUGUGUAUGUGUGAGAGAGACAUCAAUUGUUUGCCAAGGUAAAAGGCACUAUGUCUUUCUGUUAGAAUGACUGAAAGACACUUCUCUGACUUCCACGUUGUAUCUUGCAGGAAUGAAAUCACACACAGCCAUUUAGGUAAAUUAAGAGAUUUUGGCAGGGAGAAUAUUUUUCUUUCCUUCUCCUCCCCCCCCCCCCGCCCCCCACCAUGCAAUACAUUUGAUAUGAUUGAAAAACAAUUUUAAGAGCUUAUAAGUAAUAUAUUUUAAUUAAUAUAUAUUUUAAUACCUCUAUUUCAAGAAUGAUAAAAGAUUUGUGAAAUUGGUGUGUGUAUGUGUAUGUAUGCAAUUUUGAACGUGUUUUCCCCCCAUUAGGGGACCUGGUAAGCACCCCAGGUUGCAAUAAAAAUUGAAGAACUGUUAAAAAACAAGGUUUCCCAGGAACUGUUUCGUUUUUAUAAGCCAAGAAGUGAGUAAAGAUACCUUAGAGUGUACUAAACUUUAAUUGUUGCCUUUUAAAAAGAAACUUAAAUUGGAAUUGAGAAUAUAGUGAGUCAGGUUGAGACCAUUUAAAAAGUCAUAUUUUUUCAUAAAUGAUAUAGAAAAAUAUUUUACUUAAAAAUUUUAAGUAUUUGAAAUAAAUAUAGGUAUGUAAAUAUACUGUAUGUACUUCAUAUAUUCUUUUAUUUUACAAUUUAUUGUAAACAGAUGGAUAUUAAAAUUCUUUGAACUGG